AUGCGCACAUUCUUCGCUCCGCUAUUGCUUGCGCCGCUCGCAGCGCUUGCCGCACCGGAUGUCUUCGCCGACUUCGAACCCGCCGUUGCGCCAUUAGAGAACCCCGUAUACGAGGCAAUGGAGACAUCUCCCGCGGACAGCGGCGUCGACCUUCUUAAGAGACAGAACAAUGCAUGCGCAAACCAAUACUACAACUGCGCUGGUCUCGGCGCACCAGGACUUUGCUGUCCACGAACAGCCGUCUGCUCAGCCGACCAGGCGGGACACGUAGCAUGCUGUCCCCAGGGCGUAGCAUGCACAGGAGCAAUUGGCGCCAUUGCAACCGGCGCAAACCCUUCGGCCACGUCGACCGUCUCGUUCGUAAUCGCAUCCACAACAGGCGACAGCCCAUUCGUGCAGGAAACAAAUGGCGCAAACCACGGAAGCACGGUACAGAACCAAUUCUACCCUUUCCCGUACAUACCGACGACUUACUCGAACGCAGCUGCCUGCUCGUCCGCUUAUACAAGCUGCCAAAGUGAUGCUGCAAGCUGUACGACUGCUCUAGCCAACGGCGCCGCGGGCGUCACUAUAUCGGCACCAAACGGCGGCGGCGCGACGAUUACGGCGAUUCCGAGUGUGGGUCUCCAGUCUGCUCAGAGCAUCUGCUCGAGCUUGAGCAGUCUCGGAUGUUCGCAGCUUACUGUUGAGGCCUGUGCGGCUUUUGAUGGUCAAGGAAACGCAGCAAAGAGAGCCCGCUGCGCCGACUACCUGAUGACAGCAGGUAUUGCAGUCGGCAUAGCGGGACAGCUUCUGAGAUGA